AUGUGCGGUGGCGCGUCAUUGAUAAAUGAGGAGAAAAUGGCGGAAUAACAACGCCAGUAUUCAUCCUAUCUGUCGCAUGUUUGUUUUCCUUGUAUGACCUUAAAUUUUAGAAUAAGAGCGCACUGAGCUCGACGGCGCAGAUGCGACUUCCCCGCAGUGUUAAAGGACUGCCAGUUCAUGUGCCUGUGUACAUUUUUGCAUGCUCAUUUUCAUGAGCUCUUCCUGCUCUUGAGGUUUAUCAGUUUAUUGAAAGUCAACCAUUCAGCACAAGCAGGAGAGCAGCCUGCGGAGUAGACUGUGAAGAUGAAGUCCAGGAUUGCCGGACCUCCUGACGGGGGGUAUGGCUGGGUGGUGGUCAUGUCAGCCUUUUUCGUCAUGGGCCUGACUGCUGCCGUCCUAAAGAACUUCGGCCUCUUCUUCCUGGACAUCCAGAGUCACUUUGGAGUCCCGGCCAGCACCACCUCGUGGGUCACCUCCACUACGAUUGCCAUGUUUCACCUUGGAGCUCCAGUGGCCAGUGUGCUCACCUUACAGUUUUCUCAGAGAGUGGUCAUCAUAGUCGGAGGCCUGCUGGCUGCCUCUGGGAUGUUGCUGGCAUCUCUGGACCUCAGUCUGCCCUGGCUCUACCUCACCAUGGGCAUCCUGCAAGGAUUGGGCAUCUCCUUGUCGUGGAUCCCUGCCAACAGCAUGGUGAGCCACUACUUUGUACGGUGGCGUCCCAUCGCCUACGCCAUCGCCAGCUCAGGGGAGUGCAUCUUCGCUGUCAUGUUCAGCCCCUUCUUCCUGUGGCUGAUUGAGAUGUACACCUGGCAGGGCACCUUGCUCAUUAUCGGAGGCCUUCAGCUCAACCUGUGUGUCUGCGGCGCUCUCAUGAGACCCCUGGCGACAGCCCAGAGCCCGAUACAGGAAACCAAAGGUGGUCUAGAAGGCGAUGCCACUGUGCUGGUACCAAAGAGGAAGUUCAUCUUCCAGUGCUCCCUGCUGAGAAAACCUGAACUUUUCCUCUACAUCCUGUUUGCCAUCUUUGCGGCAGCAGGGUUUUUCAUCCCCCCUCUCUUUCUAGUGCCCUUAGUCAGCAGUUUGGGGGUGGAUAAGUACUGGCCGGCCUUGAUCCUCUCUGUCCUGGCUUUAGCAGACCUAGUGGGGAGGCUGAUCUGUGGGUGGAUAGCCAACAUGAGGCUGGUAAGGAAUCUGCAGCUGCUCACCAUGGUGGUCACUCUGUUGGGGGUAGUGCUCCUGCUGCUGCCCACCAGCCACAACUACUGGGCCAUCCUGGUCUGUGCCUCGCUCUACGGCUUCCUGUUCGGCUGCGUGGUGGCCAUUCACAUCACCUCCAUCGUGGACAUUGUAACCCUGGAGGGAUUCGAUAACGGACUGGGGCUCUUCAUGCUUUUCAGGAGCAUCGGUGGCUUCAUCGGUCCACCUGCUGCAGGCUGGCUGGUGGACAACACAAAUGACUACAGCUCUGCCUUCUACCUCUCAGGCCUCUGCCUCAUUUCAUCAGCAGUGUUUGUCAUCCAGGUCGACCGUCUUGUUCAGAGGAGAGAAGAUGUGCAGGCUGAAGGUAAUCGGGUGACCAUCCGGGAGCACUGGGAAUCAGGAAAAGUCGAGUAUGAAUCUGUUGCACAAGGAUUUUUAUCAGAAUGAGCAUGAGGUGCCAAAAAGACUUAUUGUUGGGCUUGUUGAGUGUUUGAUCUCAUGCCAUGGGACUUGGAGAGGCUGAUAAAUGGGAGCAGCACAGUUUUUAGUUGUUUUUUUUUUUUUUUUGCCUGGGAGUGAAAGAAGGUGACAACUUUGUCAGAAGGUGUUAGGACACCAGUACUUUAAAUGUUUUAAUUGACAACCAAUAGAAAAGGUUUUAACAAAAACAGUAAAAUAUUUUACAUUUUGGACUAAGACAUUUUCGUUGUUUGCGAAGACAUUUUUUAUGUUUUUAAAAAAAUGCCUCUUGCAUGAUUCAUUGGCUGUUAAGCUCUGUUUACAGUGUUUUGCUUUUUUUAAACUGUUAUUCUGCUUUUCAAAUGGAGUGUCUUUCUGACAACCAAUGGAAAUAGGAUCCUGUCCAGUUUACAACAUACAAUUUUUUUAUUUUUUUUUUCAGUAAACUUUAAUGAUCAGAACAAUUUAGGUUGCAGUUGCAAGCGUCUGACAGUCUGCAGAAUGCAAACUUUCUUUAUUGCCCCGGAGGACCAGGGCCUCUGAGAACACAAACUGUCUGAACCCGAAAAGAAUGCAGCUCGCACACAGACCAUAGCUGUGUUCAGCAUGUUGUCAUGUUGCAGACGGAUCUUUAGUGGUUCUAGUAACAAUGUUUUAGUCCUUCUCAAUAGUGUCGGACUUCCCUACUCUCUCUGUGCCUCUUAGCACCCAGCCUGUUUGUUCCUGGCUCAACCAUGGAGUUCGAUGGCGAAGAUGAUGUAAUUUAAUAUAUCCUGUAAUACUUGUUAUAGAAUCAUUCAGGAAUAUCAAUGUAUUUUAGAAAACAGAAAUAUUUUGUUGGUUUCUUUGAAGCUGUUGGAGUCCCGUGUAUAUAUUAUGAGGGCUGUAAACCCAACUUCUGUGUGGUAACUUCAGUGUUGGCUUUCUAUGUUACUGGUAUGUUAGAGGUACGUCUGGUUCUGAAAGGGCGUAUUUGGUUGUCAGUCAUGUUGAAGCUGCUUUUUUAUUUACUUAAAUAGGCUGUUCAUCUUGUCUAAUCAAAUCAGUUCUUCCAGUGCAAUAGAGACUAAAGAUGAAGUCUUAAAAAGAAAAGAGGUUUGGUAACUUAACUACUUUAAACUAUGACUUAUCUUUUGAAAUAUAACUUGAAACCCUUUUUUUGUACUGUAAAAAGUUAUUUGCACCUUUUCUUACUUAAAAAUCACAUUUUACAGCAGGUGUCAUCAAGAAAUUUUAACAUUCUACCAAAGUAGAAUUAAUGUCUUCAAGUUACUUCUGCACAUUCUUUUUCAUGUCACCACUUCUUGUAGCUAUGAAAUUGCUAAAAUAAUAAUUAAAUCACUGUUCAUGGGAUUUAAAUGCA